AUGCACACCCACACAAACUUUUACCUCCUCAGUUUGGCGUUUUCCGAUCUCGUCGUCUUGACAUUCGGUACGUUUCUGCACUUUUUUCCUUUUAAUCUGUUUUUUGUUUUCAGCAGAGCUCACAGUAAACUAAGGACAGAUUAA